AUGGCGGGAAAUGAUUGGAUAAACAGUUACCUUGAGGCGAUUCUUGACGUCGGACCCGGAAUCGAUGAAGUGAAAUCGUCUCUGCUGCUGCGGGAGAGGGGGAGGUUCAGCCCCACACGGUACUUUGUGGAGGAGGUGAUUACGGGGUUCGAUGAGACCGAUCUCCACCGCUCGUGGGUCCGAGCGCAAGCGACCAGAAGUCCGCAGGAAAGGAACACAAGGCUGGAGAACAUGUGCUGGCGGAUUUGGAAUUUGGCCCGCCAAAAGAAGCAGCUUGAGGGAGAGGAAGCCCAGAGGAUGACUAAACGCCGUCUUGAACGUGAAAGAGGGCGCAGAGAAGCAGUUGCUGAUAUGUCUGAAGACCUUUCAGAGGGGGAAAAAGGAGAUACUGUCACUGACCUUUCAACUCAUGGUGAAAGUAAUAGAGGUAGAUUGCCUAGAAUCAGUUCUGUUGAUACUAUGGAGGCCUGGACCAAUCAACAAAAGGGAAAAAAGUUGUACAUUGUAUUAAUUAGCCUUCAUGGUCUGAUACGUGGUGAAAACAUGGAACUUGGCCGUGACUCUGAUACUGGUGGUCAGGUGAAGUAUGUUGUUGAACUGGCAAGGGCUUUAGCUUCAAUGCCAGGUGUAUAUCGUGUUGAUUUGCUUACUAGACAAGUAUCAUCACCUGAAGUAGACUGGAGCUAUGGUGAACCCACAGAGAUGCUUCCUCCACGAAAUUCAGAAAGCUUGAUUGAUGAGAUGGGGGAAAGUAGUGGUGCUUAUAUAAUUCGAAUUCCCUUUGGGCCAAAAGAUAAAUAUGUUCCAAAAGAACUUCUCUGGCCUCAUAUACCUGAAUUUGUUGAUGGUGCUCUUGGCCACAUUAUACAGAUGUCAAAGGUUCUAGGUGAGCAAAUUGGUGACGGACGUCCAGUCUGGCCUGUUGCUAUCCACGGGCAUUAUGCAGAUGCAGGCGACUCCGCGGCUCUUUUAUCUGGUGCUCUGAAUGUUCCCAUGCUUUUCACUGGUCAUUCACUGGGUCGUGAUAAGCUGGAACAACUUUUGAGACAAGGGCGACUGUCCAGGGAUGAGAUUGAUUCCACCUACAAAAUAAUGCGUAGGAUAGAGGCAGAAGAAUUAUCCCUUGAUGCCUCUGAAAUAGUGAUUACUAGCACAAGGCAAGAGAUAGAGGAGCAGUGGCGUUUGUAUGAUGGUUUUGAUCCGAUACUAGAGCGUAAACUACGUGCUAGGAUUAAGCGUAACGUCAGCUGUUAUGGAAGGUUCAUGCCCCGCAUGGCUGUAAUUCCACCUGGAAUGGAAUUUCAUCACAUUAUUCCACAUGAUGGAGACCUUGAUACUGAAGCCGAGGCAAAUGAAGACGGCAAGUCCCCGGAUCAUCCGAUUUGGUCAGAGAUAAUGCGCUUCUUUUCAAACCCAAGGAAGCCUAUGAUUCUUGCACUUGCCAGGCCAGAUCCCAAAAAGAACCUCACAACCUUGGUCAAAGCAUUUGGGGAAUGUCGACCACUGAGGGAGCUUGCUAAUCUUACUUUGAUUAUGGGUAACCGUGAUAAUAUUGAUGAAAUGUCUGGAACAAAUGCUUCCGUACUUCUAUCAAUCCUUAAGCUGAUUGAUAAAUAUGAUCUCUAUGGUCAAGUGGCCUAUCCUAAACAUCACAAGCAAAAUGAUGUUCCUGAAAUCUACCGCCUAGCAGCAAAAACUAAGGGUGUUUUCAUAAAUCCAGCUUUUAUUGAGCCUUUUGGGCUUACUCUGAUCGAGGCUGCUGCACAUGGUUUGCCGAUUGUCGCGACCAAAAAUGGUGGCCCGGUUGAUAUUCACAGGGUUUUAGACAAUGGUCUCCUAGUCGAUCCCCAUAAUCAGCAGUCUGUUGCUGAUGCUCUUUUGAAGCUGGUUGCAGAUAAGCAUCUCUGGGCGAAAUGUAGAGCAAAUGGAUUAAAAAAUAUUCACCUAUUUUCGUGGCCUGAACAUUGUAAAACUUAUCUCUCUAGAAUAGCAAGCUGCAAACCAAGGCAACCUCGUUGGUUGAGGAAUGAUGACGAUGACGAAAAUUCAGAAUCAGAUUCACCAAGUGACUCCUUGAGGGAUAUACAAGAUAUAUCUUUGAACUUGAAGUUCUCCUUUGAAGGAGAUAAGAAUGAGAGCAGGGACAAUUUUGAUGGUUCCUUAGACUCUGAAGACCGAAGGAGUAAGCUGGAAAAUGCGGUGUUGACAUGGUCUAAGGGUGUAGCCAGGAGUGCACAGAAAUCUGCGUCAACUGAUAAAGGAGACCAGAAUUCUCAUGCUGGAAAGUUCCCAGCUUUGAGGAGGAGGAAACACAUAUUUGUGAUUGCUGUGGAUACUGAUCCAAGUGCAGGUCUUUCCGAAAGCGUUAGAAAGAUCUUUGAGGCUGUGAAGGAGGAAAGAGCUGAAGGCUCAGUUGGGUUUAUAUUAGCAACAUCCUUUAACAUUACAGAAAUACGUUCAUUUCUGAUAUCAGAAAGAUUUAACCCCACUGACUUUGAUGCAUUUGUUUGCAAUAGUGGUGGUGAUCUUUAUUACUCAUCUCUUCAUUCAGAAGAUAACCCGUUUGUGGUGGACUUAUAUUAUCAUUCACAUAUUGAAUACCGCUGGGGCGGUGAAGGGUUGAGGAAGACUUUAGUGCGAUGGGCUGCUUCAACAGCAGAUAAGAGAGGAGAAAAGGAAGAACACAUUGUUGUUGAAGAUGAAGAGACUUCUGCAGACUAUUGCUAUUCUUUUAAAGUUCAGAAGCCUGGAGUGGUUCCCCCUAUAAAGGAACUAAGAAAGUUGAUGAGGAUUCAGGCACUACGUUGUCAUGUUAUCCAUUGUCAAAAUGGAAGGAAGAUCAAUGUUAUUCCAGUUCUCGCUUCUCGCUCCCAAGCACUCAGGUAUCUGUAUCUUCGCUGGGGUAUGGACUUGUCAAAAGUGGUGGUUUUUGUUGGGGAAAGUGGAGACACUGACUAUGAAGGAUUGCUUGGGGGUGUUCAUAAGUCUGUAGUGCUGACCGGAGUUUGCAGCAGUGCUAGUAGCCAACUCCAUGCUAACAGAAACUACCCUCUUACAGAUGUUGUAUUUUAUGACAGCCCUAAUAUUAUCAGAACGACUGAAGGAUGUAACAGUUCUGAUCUCCGUGCGUCGUUGGAGGAGUUACAGAUCCUCAAGGGCUAAACUUUUUUACUUAUGAACCUGUAUACUUUUCCUGCCUAAAAUCAUAUAUAUAUGUUUUCUUGUGAGUUACUUCCUCUUACCCACAGAGGUACUACAUGGAAGCUUCUGAUUUGGCUUCUGAAUGAACAUUACAUUUUCUUCUUGAACCUUGGAGUUGAGCCAAUUUUCUUUGGAGGAAUUGAGACACAGAAGAAACUAGUUAAGUUUGCUACUUUGCCCAUACAAGUCAUACAUAGAAGCAGAUACAAUGGUUGUACAGAUUUAAAAACUGUCCAAACAAGGCCCUUUGUGCGAUUCUUUGUCAUGCUGGUAAAAGUGAUAAUUUCUCUUUGGAAUA